AUGCUGGGGGAUGGCUUAGCUCCAUCCCCUGCUGCUUGUGCAGCCCUGUGGAUGGUCAUGGGGCGCGCGGGGAAGGGGGGGCGUGGGGGGGAGGUGGAAGAGAUGUGGAGGAGGGUGGUCGAGAUGGGGUUGCGGGUGACUCGACCCAUGCAUGUGGCGCGCAUAGCAGCACAUGUGGCAGCUUGUGACAUAGCUAUGGCAGAAGAGGCGUUUUCCUCUCUGCAUGCCUGCACCCGUCGCCUUGAUCUUGAUGCCUGUAACGCGCUUCUCAAGGGGUACACGCGAGCAAACAUGCCAGACACUGCGCUGCGAUUGGUUGAUGACAUGCGCAGGGCGAACAUUCCGUGCGGCACGGCCACUCUCUCCCUUCUCCUCUCCUGCCUCUCUCGCUCGCAGCGCCUCUCCCAUGCCACCGCUCUCCUCACUCAACUCGUCACCACUCCUGAGACCCCUGUAACCGUUGAUCCUCCUCCUCCUGCCACUACCAACUCACCAAGCACUCCUCUUCAUCCCAAAUCCCUGCCUGAGUCUGUGCUUCGGCGCAUGUCUCCUCCCGCCUCUCCUCGUGGCGCCCUCUCCUCUCACCGCCCCCUCUCCACCACGGCUCACACCCCUCCAUGCACCCAUCAAGCGGCGCACGCUGCGCGGGUUAAUGGAGGCACUCAAAGCGGAGGGGCACGUAGAGGGCCUGCCUUCUCCCCUUCCUUCUCUUCUUCUCCCCUUCCUUCUCUUCUUCUCCCCUUCCUUCUCUUCUUCUCCCCUUCCUUCUCUGCUUCACACCCCUUCUCUGCUUUCUCUGCUUCACACCCCUUCUCUGCUUUCUCUGCUUCACACCCCUUCUCUGCUUUCUCUGCUUCACACCCCUUCUCUGCUUUCUCUGCUUCACACCCCUUCUCUGCUUUCUCUGCUUCACACCCCUUCUCUGCUUUCUCUGCUUCGCACCCCUUCUCUACUUUUCUGCUUCUCUCCUUCACCCCUUCUCUCUGCUUCACCCCCUUCUCUGCUGCUUCACACCCCUUCUCUGCUGCUUCACACCCCUUCUCUGCUUCACACCCCUUCUCUGCUUCACACCCCUUCUCUGCUUCACACCCCUUCUCUGCUUCACACCCCUUCUCUGCUUCACACCCCUUCUCUGCUUCACACCCCUUCUCUGCUUCACACCCCUUCUCUGCUUCACACCCCUUCUCUGCUUCACACCCCUUCUCUGCUGCUUCACACCCCUUCUCUGCUGCUUCACACCCCUUCUCUGCUGCUUCACACCCCUUCUCUGCUGCUUCACACCCCUUCUCUGCUGCUUCCCCCUACUCUGCUUCUUCACACCCCUUCUCUGCUUCUUCACACCCCUUCUCUGCUUCACACCCCUUCUCUGCUUCACACCCCUCUCUGCUUCACACCCCUCUCUGCUUCACACCCCUUCUCUGCUGCUUCACACCCCUUCUCUGCUGCUUCACACCCCUUCUCUGCUGCUUCACACCCCUUCUCUGCUGCUUCACACCCCUUCUCUGCUGCUUCCCCCUACUCUGCUUCUUCACACCCCUUCUCUGCUUCUUCACACUCCUUCUCUGCUUCUUCCCCCUUCUCUGCUUCUUCCCCCUUCUCUGCUUCUUCCCCCUUCUCUGCUUCUUCCCCCUUCUCUGCUUCUUCCCCCUUCUCUGCUUCUUCCCCCUUCUCUGCUUCUUCACACCCCUUCUCUGCUUCUUCCCCCUUCUCUGCUUCUUCCCCCUUCUCUUCUUCUCCCCUUCCUUCUCUGCUUCUUCCCCCUUCUCUGCUUCUUCCCCCUUCUCUGCUUCUUCCCCCUUCUCUGCUUCUUCCCCCUUCUCUGCUUCUUCCCCCUUCUCUGCUUCUUCCCCCUUCUCUGCUUCUUCUCCCCUUCCUUCUCUUCUUCUUCUCUGCUUCUUCACACCCCUUUCUCUGCUUCACACCCCUUUCUCUGCUUCACACCCCUUUCUCUGCUUCACACCCCUUUCUCUGCUUCACACCCCUUUCUCUGCUUCACACCCCUUUCUCUGCUUCACACCCCUUUCUCUGCUUCACACCCCUUUCUCUGCUUCGCACCCUUCUCUGCUUCGCACCCCUUUCUCUGCUUUGCACCCCUUUCUCUGCUUCACCCUUUUUCGGCUACUUUACCCCUUUUCUGUUGCUCCACCCCUUUUCUGUUGCUCCACCCCUUUUCUGCUGCUUCACACCUUCUCUGCUACUCCACCCCUUCUUCCCUAA